GAGUACCUAGGUACAUAUAACGGAGAAAUAAAAAUGAAAAAUAAAUAAACAAUUUACCUACAAACGUUUAUCUAAACAUAGAACGGUUCAAUUGCCAUGAGUGACAAGGUCAAGCGCAUUUGGAAGAGUGAAUAUGAACAAUCGGUACCUACCUAUAGCCAUAAAUAAAUAAGUAUUUAAAAUAGCAAAAUUGUACCUAUUGCAUCAAGCAGAUAAAUGUAGUCAAGAGGUGUCACCAAAAAUCUCAUUUUCGAAACUCAUUGCACAAUAUUAUAUUACGAUUUCCCAACAUGUUGAAAUGUGUUUCAAGAUGAUCAAAUUCGUACGUACAUAUCUAAUCAAUGGAAACUUACUAUAAAUUCUGAGCAUACGGCUACUAUCCUUCUGUUAAAGUCAAAGAAGGAUCACUGCUGGGAACAUCCUAUACUUUAUCGAAUGGUCGAGAAGUACACGCGUUUCUUGGAAUACCUUAUGCUUCCCCACCUAUUGGAGAUGACAGAUUUAAGGAACCAAAACGUCUUAAACCUUGGAAAGGGAUCAGAGAUGCGACCUCAAUGGGCAAUCAAUGUGUACAAAAAUUAUAUUCAUUUAAAGAUAAUACUGCUGAAGUGAUCGGGGAAGAAGACUGCCUGUUCCUAAACGUAUUCACUCCCAAGUUGGCUGAUGAAAUGAAUCUAGAAGACGAUUUAAUGAACGUUCUGGUUUACAUCCAUGGAGGAGGAUUCAUCGCUGGAAGUGGUAAUGACGUGUAUAUCCGGAUCAUAUUUCACAAAUCGAUGAUAAUAUCGUAUUCGUCAGCAUGAAUUACCGACUGGGGGAAUUAGGUUUUUUCAGCGCUAAUCACUCUUCAGCGCCAGGAAAUAAUGGACUGAAAGAUCAAGCCGAAGCUUUACGAUGGGUUCACCGUAAUAUUCAUCACUUCGGAGGCAAUCCUGCCAAAGUAACCAUAUAUGGAUGUUCAGCAGGAGGAGCCAGUGUUCAUUAUCAAAUGAUAUCUCCAACUACCAAUGGACUUUUCCAAAGUGCAAUUUCAUCUAGUGGGGCGGUACCUUUACCUUGGUCAUUGCAGACUCAUGAUGUUCUACAUAUGUCUAGAGAACUGGCUUCGUCACUGAAUUGUGUUUACGAGGAGGUAAACACAAUGAUGGCAUGUUUAAGGAAUAAAUCUGUUAAUGAGAUAAUGGAUCAAGUAAACGUGAAAUUGACAAAAGGAGGAUACCCUACGAAUUUCCCCAUCAGUGCGGUGAUUGAAGUACCACAUCGUGGAGCGUUUCUAUCCGAGCACCCCCUUACUUUGAUGAGAAAGGGUAGAAUAAAACAUAUACCUUGGCUGAUCACUAUGGCUGAAAGUGAAGGAGCCACUUUCGACAUCACAGACAUGUUUUUCAACAAAACUAAAUUAAAUGAAGUAAAUUCGUAUUGGAAUGAGAUUAUGCCGGUGAUAUUCAAGUAUAAAAAUAUAAAAUCCGAGUACCAAAAAGAUUAUAUUAGUGCUGCAAUACGAAAGUAUUAUUUGAAAAAUGAACUUUUGUCGAAUCAAACAGCCAGGCGUUUCUUUCAAGCUCUAGGAGAUCGCAUUUUUUACAAUGGGAUAAUUGAAACGACGAAAUUAUAUUCCGCAGCUUCCUUAGGAGACACGUAUUGUUAUAAAUUGUAUUACAGAGAAACACCUUCUCAUCCAGAAAGUAAUAGAAAAAACUACGGUUGUCUCCAUUGCGAUGAUGAAUCUUACAUAAUAAAAUACGAUACUGAAAAGUUCGAGUGGAAGAUCAAGAAGGAUCCAGACAUGCGAAGAUUGCUAACAUCAAGCAUUGUUGCUUUUAUGAAAAACGGAAAUCCAAACAAUCCAGAAGUGGAGCUGAAAUGGGAACCUAUUUCUAAAAAUGGUGUUAUGAGCUGUUUAGGGAUUUAUUCGUACACUGUUCAAAGAAUGGAAGAUAUUGAGAAUUACAAUACAACUCGCUUUUGGAAGAGUCUUCCGCUGAUGCCAAUUUAUUAAUCGGACGAUGCGAUGUAAAUUUUUAAUUUUUUUCAUAUUGAAAAAUGUCGAAACAAAAACGAACUGAAUUAAACUGUUAGUUCCCA